GGGAGGGUUACUUUUUUCAAGCGUUCCGGUAAAAUAUAUUUUUUUCUGAAGGGAGGGCCGUCCAUUUUCAUUUCAGAGAGGUCCGAUUUUCUCUAUGUAACCCAUAUUAUAAAUAACGUUCACUUCCUUAUUGGAAUUCCAAUUAUUGGGUAAAGACGUCAUGUGCUUAAAAUGGCAAACGUUUCACUUUUAAAACAUUAGGGUACUUUUCAAUUAAUCGAUUAUUUUUUGUCAUAUGAAAGUUCGAAAUGUUAACCUAACAGUGGAUAUUGUAUUGAACAUACAUUGCAUAAAAUACAUACAGUACAUCAAAGGUCACUUGGAAACGAAUAUAGCCCACAUCUAAAAAGAUAACUCCUUGUUCAAAUGUUUCCAAACACAUUGUUCAAAUGUUGUCCAUUGAUUAGCUCUCCUGACUUUUUGAAACCGUCCAUACAAUUCAAAUUAUACAAGCACACACUGUCCUUUGAUUGAAGGGUGGGCCUAUAUCAAACCAAUAUUAUUUUUCCGUGAAGUAACUGGUUGCAGAGUGUUAUUGGGCACGGGCUUGCCAUGUGUUAAAUUAUCAUAAAAUAAUGUCCCAUCUGUGGAAACACUGAAAGGCAAACAAGGAUUGCAUAUAUUUUGGAAAUGACGGGGUAGGGGGACACUGAAGGGGUCUAGGUGAUGUGAGAUGAUGACAUACAGGUGGCUGCAGAUGUGAGAGCAGAUGGUUCUCACGAAGUAGUGUUACUAGUAACACUAGUAACAGUUUGCGAGUGAGCUGCAGGUGAAUCUCUAACCUGUGAGAGUUUGUCUGUCGCCAGCGCGUCACCUGAAUGACGGGGUAUGAGACAAUGAAACCACAAUGGAAGACAGGAUAAAACUCGUCCAGGUCACGAGAGAGGAAAUACGAGCGCAAUUACGGACUGUGCCACCAGGGAAAGGUAAAGACCGGAAAGCUGGACAUAUGUUCAGACUGCUGCUGAAUAAGUAAAUUGAAUGAGUGAACCUGACAAGACCAAAACACAUGAACAAAGAGCUCCUGAACUGAGACGCGCACAUUUCAGUCGGUGGAAAGAGUUUAUUUUUCGUUUUGGAAGAGAGAAGCCAGCAGAAAACGUAAAGAAUCAUGGAUACAAAGGGAAUCACAGAGGACCACGGAGCCGCCCACGGAGCCGGGGAUCUAGCGCAAUCUGCUGCUAUGAAACUGUCUGAGAUAGGCGAAAGAACUAAACAACUAGGUACUAAAUUCAAAGACCCUGAGCGACAGAGACGGAUUAUUCUAGUGAUUGUCUGUGUAGCACUUCUAUUAGAUAACAUGCUUUACAUGGUAAUUGUGCCGAUCAUACCAGACUAUUUGGCAGAAUUACAAAGUGAGGCAGAUCACGCUUCGUUUAAUGCACGAGUAAAAAACGCCGGGAAUUCCUCGAAUCAUACUAUCUUUAAAGCCACCAAAGGCAACUUCGACCUGCAGAUUGGUGUACUUUUUGCGUCCAAAGCCAUAUUGCAGCUUUUGGUCAACCCGUUGACCGGGACGUUCAUUGACCGGGUCGGUUAUGACCUUCCUCUGUUCAUCGGACUCAUCAUCAUGUUUUUUUCCACAUGUCUAUUCGCCUUCGCCGAUAAUUACGUGUCUCUGUUCGCGGCGAGGAGCUUGCAGGGCUUAGGCUCAGCGUUCGCAGAUACAUCAGGCAUCGCCAUGAUAGCGGAUAAGUACACGGAGGAGGCGGAGAGGAGCAGAGCCCUGGGUAUCGCCCUGGCAUUCAUCUCUUUCGGCAGCUUAGUGGCGCCUCCCUUCGGGGGCAUCCUGUACGAAUUCUGUGGGAAACGGGUGCCCUUCAUUGUGCUGGCCUGCAUCUGUUUCACGGACGGCAUGCUGUGCCUGACCGUGUUAAAGCCCUUCUCCAGAGGGGAGAGAGAGAACAUGCCCGUGGGCACCCCCAUCUACAAACUGAUGAUCGACCCCUACAUAGCUGUGGUGGCGGGUGCCCUGACCACCUGUAACAUCCCGCUGGCCUUCCUGGAGCCCACCAUCGCAAACUGGAUGGAAGAAACCAUGCACUCUUCCCAAUGGGAGAUCGGCCUUGCCUGGCUUCCCGCGUUCUUCCCGCAUGUCCUGGGUGUGUACAUCACCGUCAAACUCGCGGCUAAGUACCCACACCUGCAGUGGUUCUACGGGGCACUGGGCAUGGUGAUAAUCGGCGCCAGUUCGUGCACCGUGCCAGCCUGUAAGACCUUUGGCCAGCUGAUGGGUCCACUGUGUGGCAUCUGCUUUGGCAUCGCCCUGGUGGACACGGCGCUACUGCCUACACUCGCUUUCCUGGUGGACGUGCGGCAUGUGUCGGUGUACGGCAGUGUGUACGCCAUCGCGGACAUCUCCUACUGCGUGGCAUACGCCCUGGGCCCUGUGGUGGCCGGACAGAUAGUCCACGACCUGGGCUUCAUUCAGCUCAACCUGGGCAUGGGUCUCGCCAAUGUGCUUUACGCACCAGCGCUCCUCUUACUAAAGAACGUGUGCCAAAUGAAACCUUCAAACUCGGAGAGAGGCAUGCUACUGGAGGAAGGCCCCACGGGUCUCUACGACACAAUAAAAACUCAGGAACGCGAGAGGAAGAGGAAGGGGUUAAGUAAUGUUGUUGAUGAGAAUGGCAUAGCCAAGUAUUCUGAAGAGGAGUCAUUUGAGUAUGCGUAAACUGUAAAAAAAAAAAAAAUAAUAAUAA